GAUGCUACCGACGGUCAUGGCGAUCGCCGUUCGUGGUCGAUGCCACACGAAUCCGGCAAAGUAGUUCACUCCAGCUACCUCUUGGAGUCCCGAGGCGAGCUCCUUUGGGCACUUGUUCAUGUCAACAAGCACUACUGCACCUACAGCUACCGCGUCGAGGAUGACCUGGAAUAUCAUAGCGUCGGCAGAUUUAUUGGAGGGCUGUUGGUGUCAGUGUACGCGCUGCAGCAGGACGUAAGGUGGGUGAAGAGGGACGAUCCGAGCUUGGUCGAUCGGACCAUGUUCCUUGGGCACCCGACCAGCUUCGCAGUGGAUGCUGCACGGUUUGGCGCUAGCGGUGGCGGGUGCGCCUACUUGGUGAUCAAGAGCAAGCUUUAUGGAAGGACCUGGAGCAAGUCGGCCCUCGAGAGGUGCCGUGUGUUCAGGUACAACUUUAACAACAGCAAGGCGGAACUCGUCGAGCAGCUACCGGUUGAAUGGAGCGAUGAGGCCUGCAUGUGGUUCAACCGAGGCCAACCACAGAAAGGCUUGAGCCUUUACACAGUAAGGCAGGAGAGCCACAAUUCGGACCCUAUUUCAGGAUUUAUGUUGGUAAUCUGCCACGGAAGGUUGAUAGCUCCCAACUUAGACAGUUCUUCAGCAAGCAUGGCAAGGUUGCAGACGUCAGGGUCAUGUACCCACAUAAAAACCAAGCGAUCACGGGGGUUCGGGUUCGUUACCAUGGCAACCACAGUUGAUGAUGAACCAGCACAUGUUAUUGCUAUGAUCGAUGGACAGAUUUUGGAUGGGCGUCCCCUGCGAGUGAAAUUUUCAGAUCAGAAGUAAGUAGCUAGCUAAGUGGUCUACCAAGCCAUGUGUUGAUGUCCUGCAAUCAGGAUUCUAGGAUCAUGAUGUCUUCAUCAAGCUUAUGAGGACGGCGCAAUGACGUUGAUUUUGGUUUCAUGAUGCCUCUGCCUCUUCCAGGGCUAAAUUCCACCUCUAGCCAUGUGUUCGUAAACAAAAAUCUUCUCGUGAUGUAAUGUCUUUGUUACAAAUGCUAUCAUGCGCCAUAUACUUCACCUAUCAGUUUUUUAUUCCAUUUACUUUCCUUUUCCACGUGUCAAA